AUGGAAAAUAACAUCAAAACUCGUCUCCCCAAACAAGAACAUGAUGAUCAAGAUGACGAAGAUGAUGAGAAGAAGAUGGAGAAGUUCUUUAAACUCAUAAGAAGUUUUAGAGAAGCUCGUGAUCGUAGACGAAAGGAACUCGAAGAGAUGGCUAAAAUUAGUAUUAGUACAACUACUAGUAGUAAUAAAACUCGAAAGUUGCAUUGUCUUCAAUCGCCUUCUAACACAUCUUUGUCUUUCGAAUCUUAUGAUUUCAUCCAACCGAAAGAACAAACUUGUCACGAUAAAUUACCCGAACAACAACAAGAAGUAGAAGCUGACCAAGACUUGAACCUUAAGCUGUCUUUGUAG